CUCAAAAUAUUGAGAACCUCAAACAUUGAUUUCUCUAGAGAUUAAAUCGUUGAACGUAAAAGAAAAAUAAUGAGAACCUCAAGCAUUUUUUCUAUUGUAUUUCUUGUUAUUUUAUGCCAAUUGAAUUCUCAUGCAAUUGUCUCUCAGAAGGUUGAAUUCCUUCCUGGCUUUGAUGGUCCUCUUCCUUUCUCGCUCGAAACCGGGUACAUUGGGGUAGAUGUAAGAGAGGAAACACAAGUGUUUUACUAUUUCUUUGAAUCAGAAAAUAAUCCUAAAGAUGAUCCGAUUCUAUUAUGGCUAACAGGAGGUCCUCUUUGCUCUGCAAUGUCUGCCAUCCUCUAUGAAAUAGGACCUAUACAACUUGAAGAGGUCGAUAGUAUUACAACUUUACCUAAAUUGGUCUUGAGGCAAUACUCAUGGACUAAGACUGCAAACAUACUCUUUGUGGAUUUUCCUGCGGGUGCUGGCUUCUCUUAUUCUACAACACAUCGUGCAAAUUACUCUGGGGAUUAUAAGGCAUCACGUAAUAUAAAUGAAUUUUUAAGAAAGUGGCUGAUAAAUCAUCCACAAUUUAUUUCAAAUCCUCUUUACCUUGGUGGUGACUCAUAUACAGGAUUUACCCUUCCUCUUUACUUUGUAAACAUGCUUUCCGAUAAUGAAAGAGGGUUACAACCACUUCUUAAUCUCAAGGGAUAUAUAUUAGGAAAUCCUGCCACUGAUAGAAGUAUUGAUAGCAAUUAUCAAGUGCCUUUAGCACAUGGUAUGGGGCUGAUUUCUGAUGAGUUUUAUGAGUCGUUACAGAGAACUUGUAGUGGACAAUACCAACUGGUAAAUGCGAAAAAUAAAGAGUGUUGGAAUAAGAUUAAAGCUUUUGAAUGGGGUUUACAUGGAAUUCAAGUUACAAUGACAUUGGAGGAUUUUUGUGAUAUUGAUUCCCUGAGAGUUUAUGGAAUCCCUAGUACAAAAAGAAGGAUGGUCGCUGAAAGUGUCAAUAGCUUAUAUCAUCUCAAAAACAUUGGUGCCUAUAGUUGUCGUAAAGAAGGUUAUUUAAUUGCUAGGCAUUGGAUGAAUGAGAGGAGUGUUCAAGAUGCUCUUCAUGUUCGUAAGGGGACUAUUGGUGAAUGGAUAAGAUGUAACUAUGCAUUCCAUUAUUCGUACGAGGUUUCAAGUAGUGUGCCAUACCAUGUGAAACUAAGUGCCGAAGGCUUUCGGUCUCUAAUAUAUAGUGGAGACCAUGACAUGAUUGUUCCAUUUUUGGGAACUCAAGCAUGGAUAAGAUCUUUGAAUUACUCGAUUGUUGAUGAUUGGAGAAAAUGGUUGGUUGAUGGCCAAAUAGCAGGGUUUACAAGGACAUAUGCUAAUAAGAUGACUUUUGCCACUAUUAAGGGGGCUGGACACACUGCUCCUGAGUACAAGCCAAAGCAAUGUGCUUCUAUGUUCAUGAGAUGGAUUCGCGGGGAACAUUUAUAAUCGUGACAUGCAUGCGUCAUAUUGAAAAACUAAUAAUAUUAGUAUCGUACUUUAAUAAAAGGAUACUAGCCAUAUCUAUCAUUUUAUCCAUUGUUAUAUAACCUUAAUCUAAGCUAGUAUAGGCUUGGAAGAUGUCUUAAUUUAUUACUUUGUGAUAACAAACUAUAAUUUUGUUUCAAAUGUGUUAUUGCAGACGUGAAUUCAUCCUUUUCA